AUGGGUGCUACAGGAGUACCACUCGUGCUUGGAUAUCAUGGUGAUGAACAACAUAUUGAUUUUAUGAAGUCAGAAGCAGACAAAAUUGGAUAUCCUAUUUUAAUCAAGCCAACUCAUGGAGGUGGAGGAAAGCUGCUUUCAGGCUUAAAUUUCCCUGCUAUGCACAAUUUUGAAUCUUACCAUGGAAUGAGAAUUGUUCAAGGUCCUAAUGAUUUUGUUGAUUCAUUCUUGGGAGCACAACGUGAGGCUGCUGCAUCUUUUGGCAUAUACACAAUUUUGCUGAAAAAAUAUAUUACAAAACCAAGUCACAUAGAAGUCCAGGUUCUAAGUAAUUCUCCCAUAGAAGAAGCUAUGGGACAAUUAAGGUGA